UGGAUAAAGGAGGCCCAUUAAGGGAACCUAUAUUCUCUUUCCCUAACCUUCUCCAGUUUUCCUAACCCUAAUCACAGGCACGUUCUUUCUUCUUCUUCUUCCUCUUCAUCUGAUUUUGGGUCUCCGAUUGCUAAAAAAAGAAAUUGAGGCACAAUGAGAUUAGAGAAAUGUUGGUUCUGCUCCUCAACUGUAUAUCCUGGACAUGGCAUCCAGUUCGUUCGUAAUGAUGCAAAGAUUUUUCGAUUUUGUAGAUCUAAAUGCCACAAGAACUUUAAAAUGAAGAGAAACCCACGAAAAGUAAAAUGGACCAAGGCCUAUAGGCGCUUGCGUGGAAAAGACAUGACACAGGAUACAACCUUUGAGUUUGAGAGAAAGAGAAAUAGGCCUGAGAGAUAUGACAGGAAUCUUGCCGAGAAUACUCUAAGAGCUAUUAAGACAAUCGACAAAGUUAGAUCUCAGAGGGCAGCCAAACACAUCGAAAAGAGGAUGAAGGGCAAGAAAGCCAUUGAGCUAAAGGCAGCACGGAAAGUAUUGGAUCAGGAUAUCCUCUUGAUCAAAGCCCCGGAAUCGCUUCAAAAAGAGCAACCAUCCAAGAUCAAGGUCAAGGUGUCUGUAUCACAGACCGAGGAAAAUCGUUUAAUGGAGGAAUGAUUUUGUUUCAAGGUUAUGGAGGAUCGAUUUAUUUUUUGUUGAAUUGCAUUUUUGUCUAUGUAAUGUUAAUUUUCAUCUUAAGUAGAAGAAAAAAAUUGUUUACCUUUCCAUGUGAAGGCACAUCUGCGCUUCUGUAUGAAUUGAAAUACUAUUAAUGCUUUCUUUCUCUUGAUGACA